GGCUUCUUACAGUAUAAGGUGUCUUCGGGCAGUAGGCAGGGGACACCCUGAACUGGUCGCCAGCCAAUCGCAGGGCAAACAGAGACAGGCCGUCGAGCAGUGUUCUGUUUACAUGAAAUAUACUUCUAAAUAUUAUAGCCAAAGAGUUUAUCCUUUUGGUCAAAAUGACACCAGGCUUAGAUGUUUUUCUUUGCAGCAUUAGGAUUCUGUCUUGCCACCUUACCUCAUAUCACAGAUGUACGAAGAAAUUGCUGUGUCUUGAUAACAUAAUGAUUCAAUGUAUCAUAAACCAGAAAACGUAAGGUCGUAGUACUGGGUGAACAUUUUCAAUUGUACUUUGUACGUGUACAUUUUGACAUAUUCCUUUUUAGACCAGUGGUAUGCAGUGUUACCUUGUAGAUAUUACAUUUUUUUUGUAUCACAUAUUCAAAAUUAAAAUUUUAUUAUUAAAUCAGACAAAACUGUAUCAAUAUAUCCACCUAAUCUGUAUGAUUUAUUCAGGAUUAACUAACAUUACAGCUAUGUUUGACAAUGCCACACAGAGCUAAACACAGAACAAUGUCCAAGUUAGAAUUUUCGCACACCAGUCAAAGUUCACUCGGUGCAAUAAACUAUCCGCGAUAAUGACAUACACACCCUGACGAAUAAUACUUCGGCACAUAAUUAUAUUUAAAGCAAAGACUUUGGUGUAAAUGGAAGGCCAGCAAAUGACUCACAAAACUCCGCAAAAUUUAACAGAUGUUCUGCACCAGUGGGACUGCCUCGAAGAAGAGUAUCAGCAUGCUCAGGAGGCACACAGGCUAUACCUACAAAAACUGGAUGAAAUUUCCAAACUCCAAAGGAGCUGCUCUUCCUCCAUUUCCCGUCAACAAACAAGAUUGAAGGAGAUGUCCUCUCUUGUAAAAAAGUGCAGCAAAGGACUGUUGGAAGAAGAUGGCCUUGAUGAAAUAAGAGAGAAAAUAAAGCUGCAAACCAAUGCCCUCUUUGAAAUGGAAUCCUUUCUCCCAAGGAAAAAUGGGCUGUACCUCACUCUGGUUCUUGGAAAUGUGAAUGUCACUCUGCUCAGCAAACAGUUAAAAUUUGCCUACAAAGACGAAUAUGAGAAGUUCAAGCUGUACCUCACUGUCAUCCUGCUGCUGUUUUCCUUUACGUGCUAUUUCUUUGUGAACUACAGAUUUCUUGAUGCAAUCCUCAACUUCCUGCUGGUCUGGUAUUACUGCACAUUAACAAUCAGGGAAAGUAUCCUCAUCAACAAUGGCUCCAGAAUUAAAGGCUGGUGGGUUUUCCAUCAUUACAUCUCAGCUUUUUUGUCUGGUGUAAUGCUGACGUGGCCAGAUGGCAACUUGUAUAAGAUUUUCAGGAACCAGUUCCUGGCUUACUCCCUCUAUCAAAGUUUUGUUCAAUGUCUGCAGUGUUAUUAUCAGAGUGGAUGUCUCUACAGACUCAGAGCGUUGGGUGAAAGACACAACAUGGAUCUGACCGUGGAGGGAUUUCAGUCCUGGAUGUGGAAAGGACUGACAUUUCUUUUGCCCUUCCUGUUUUUCGGUCAUUUCUGGCAGCUCUUCAAUAGCAUCUCUCUCUUCAGAAUGGCUCAGCUCCCAGACUGCAAAGAAUGGCAGGUCUUGGUGUGCAGCCUUUGCUUCUUAAUUCUGUUCACGGGAAACUUCUUCACAACUCUUGCUGUGGUCCAUCAGAAGGUCAAGCGGAGGAAUCAGAAAACAAAGAUUCUGUGAUUCAAACAGUACUAGUAGUUGAUCU